CGCUAGGGGCAGCUAUGGCCGACACCGCCGUGCCGCAGCUACCCGCCGUCCCCACCCCGGGGCUGCCGGCUGCCCCUGGCAGCAAUCCCCUGUCCCGCAAGCUCAACAAGAUCCUGGAGACCCGCCUGGAGAACGACAAGGAAAUGCUGGAAGCACUCAAGGCUCUCUCAACCUUUUUUGUUGAAAACAGUUUGCGCACCCGAAGAAACUUGCGUGGAGACAUUGAACGACGAAGCUUAGCCAUAAAUGAAGAAUUUGUUCACAUAUUCAAGCAAGUUAAAGAGGAGCUUGAGAGUAUAAAUGAAGAUGUACAAGCGAUGAGCAGCUGCUGUGAAGAUAUGUCCAGUCGUUUGAAGGCAGCAAAGGAGCAAACCCAGGACUUAAUAGUAAAAACCACAAAGCUCCAGGCAGAAAAUCAGAGACUAGAAAUGAAAGCGCAAGUCGCAGAUGCAUUUAUAGCAAAAUUCCAGCUGACACCAGAUGAAAUGAACCUCCUUCGAGGCACAAAAGAUGAGCCAAUUACUGAGGAUUUUUUCAAGGCUUUGGGAAGAGUAAAGCAAAUUCAUGAUGAUGUCAAGAUUCUCCUCCGGACAAAUCAGCAAAGGGCAGGCUUGGAAAUUAUGGAACAGAUGGCUUUACUGCAAGAGACAUCUUACGAACGACUUUACAGAUGGACUCAAAAUGAAUGCAGGACUUUGACACAAGAAUCAUGUGACAUUUCUCCAGUGCUCACUCAAGCCAUGGAAGCUUUAAAAGAUAGACCUGUCCUGUAUAAAUACACUUUGGAUGAGUUUGGAACAGCUAGGAGGAGUGCUGUGGUCCGUGGCUUUAUAGAUGCUCUCACUAGAGGAGGUCUGAGUGGUACUCCCCGCCCUAUUGAAAUGCACUCCCAUGAUCCUCUGAGGUACAUAGGAGACAUGCUGGCCUGGUUGCAUCAAGCUACAGCUUCUGAAAAAGAACACCUAGAAGCUAUGUUAAAGCUUGUAACUAUUGAAGGUGUGGAAGAAAAUAUUCAAGAAGUAGUUGGACACAUCACAGAAGGUGUCUGCAGGCCUCUGAAGGUUAGAAUUGAGCAGGUCAUUGUUGCUGAGCCAGGAGCGGUUUUACUGUACAAGAUUUCUAAUCUUCUCAAGUUCUAUCACCAUACAAUCAGUGGUAUUGUAGGAAACAGUGCAGCCACACUGUUGACAACAAUUGAAGAAAUGCAUUUGCUGAGCAAGAAAAUAUUCUUUAAUAGCUUGAGUCUUCAUGCAAGUAAACUAAUGGACAAGGUUGAACUCCCACCUCCUGAUCUUGGCCCAAGCUCUGCACUGAAUCAGACACUUAACUUGCUACGGGAAGUUCUGGCAUCUCACGACUCAUCUGUUGUUCCACUGGAUGCCCGUCAAGCUGAUUUUGUGCAGGUUCUGUCUUGUGUGCUAGAUCCAUUGUUACAGAUGUGUACUAUGUCUGCUAGUAAUUUGGGCACAGCUGAUAUGGCAACCUUCAUGGUAAAUUCACUUUAUAUGAUGAGGACUACUUUGGCUCUCUUUGAAUUCACUGAUAAACGUCUAGAAAUGUUGCAGUUUCAGAUUGAAGCUCAUUUAGAUACACUCAUAAAUGAACAAGCUUCCUACGUGUUAACAAGAGCUGGUCUAAGCUACAUAUAUAACUCAGUGCAGCAACACAAACCAGAACAGGGUCCUCUUUCAAGUUUGCCAAAUAUGGAUUCUGUGUCCCUAAAGGUUGCAAUGGCUCAGUUUGAUCGCUAUCUGUCUGCUCCAGAUAGUCUGUUAAUGGCCCAGCUGAAUUUCCUUCUGAGUGCCACUGUGAAAGAGCAGAUAAUAAAGCAGUCAACAGAACUGGUCUGCAGAGCUUACAGUGAGUUAUAUGCAGCUGUGAUGGAUCCUUCAAAUGAAUAUAAGGAUCCAGAAACCAUACUACACAGAUCUCCUCAUCAAGUUCAGGCACUCCUUUCAUAAUCUUGUUUCCCCCAGAUUUUUCAGAAUCCAUAAUUGUGUAUUUGUUAACUAUUUGCAUCAAGUUAUUUUUCUGUUUUGAAUUUUGAUGUGUAACUGUGUUGUUAAAAUGUGUAGGAAUGCAGUUUUGUUUAAUCUGCUUGGCAGAAGUUGUCUUUCCUGUGUCUUUGAAUACCUUCUAUAGGCCAGACAAUAGAAUAUAGAUAAAAAAUUAUUUUAAUGUAUUUCUCUUAUGGAAAUGGACCUUGACAAUGUGCAAUCUCUUUGAAAAAUAAAAAGCUUUUUCCUUGCUGUACAUAAUCCUUUCAACUAGAGGGUGAACCAGUGUCUCUUACAAACUCGCCAAUACUUUUAUUUGCUCUUUUUCCUGUUCUUUCACUCUUUUUCUCAGUUUAUCAAGAGUAAAUGCUGAUAACUGUAAUUUUGAUAGAACUGAUAUACUUUGAACGUCUCAAGUGCAUCACUUUUACAGCUCAUAAAUCAUUUCAGAAUAUUUGAUGCUGUUUUUUUCAAAUCCUAUUGAUUAAAUCUGUGAGGCAAAAUUUGUGUACUUUAUUGGAAUCCAGUAUUGUUGUUGCUAGUUCUGGUUGUUUCUGUAAGAAAAAGAACUAUUUUAACUACAUGCAUGUACAGAACCUGGAACUUAAUGCUUUCAGUUAUUUGUAUAAAUUCGUUUUACUUGAAGGAUUUUGUUUUAAUGCGGUCAUUCUGUAGCAUUCCUCAUACCGGUUGAAACAUGUUGAUAUCUUAAGGCUGAAACCUAAAGAAAGAAGGUUAGGAGAAUGGUUGGCACAGCACUGUGGCCAUUUCUCAUGUACAUGGUUUUUGUUUUGCCUUUUUUUAAGUACAGAAAAGUCCAUUUGGUCUAGUACACACAUUUAUUCAGUUAAUGAUCCACCAAAAGCUUAAUGGUUUAGAUGUCCGCAGUGUUCUUUGCUCUUAAAAAUUAUAGUUAAAUUCACCUGUGGCAGCCACAGUUUGUCCUGGGAAUUACAUGUGAUAGCCGGGCUGAUGUGUAGAAAGCCAUGAGUGGAGGUUUAAUUUCUUUUCUCCUUCAGUGCAGAGCUGAACCUGCUUUGUGUAGAAAUCUUAAUUACAUGUAGAGUUACGAUUUAGGGGACCCUUGCUUCCAGUAAAAUGGACAAUAGAUAACUUAGGACACUUGUUCUCUGUUGGGCCUUAUGAUAAUUCUUUGCAAAUUUCUUAAAUGUAUUAUUCGUUCAGGAAAGCCUUGCUAUAGAGAAACCUUAAGGAAACAAAAAUUACUAAAAGGAACUUGGGGUGUUUUGGAUUAGGCUUUUUGGGUGGUUGGUUGGGUUUGUGUUGGGUUCUUGGUGGUUUUUUUUUUGUUUGUUUGUUUUUCCUAAGAUAAUUUGAGCUGUUUUUUUGGAAGCAUUUCAAGAUUUUUUCCUUCUCUUUGUGUGCCAUGGAGUUACUACAGUUGCCUGAGUUUACACUCAUUGGACGUGUCUUAUUUACGUACCUCAGGGGAGAGAUGAGCAGUCAUUCAUAUUGAAUAACUUACAUAUUUCAUUUUUAUCAGUAAUAAUAUUCUCAUAUGAAAUAUAUACUUAGUGACAGCCAAGUCUGUAGUUUGAUGUAUGCUUACAAAAGAGCAAGAAAUAGGGAAGAGCAGCAGCAAUACAUUUUAGUCUCUUGAAAACUCAUUGCACAAGAUAUAUCCAGUGUGCUCAGAAAGCAGCUUCCUUGGUAAUACCACAAUAAAGCAAUAGUUCCUUUUCCAAAUGGGCAUAAUUUGUUGGUAUAAUGGAAGAGGAUUUGAAAGUAUAAGUGUCCCUGGAGUUCUUGGAUCAGGCAUAAAUUUUUAUGUAAAUGUCAGUGUUGGAUUUACUCUGUUUAAAAACUCCAGACCUGUAAGACCGAAAACAUUCUAGAAGCUUAGAAAAGCUGUAAUGGAAAAUUAUGCUCUUAUAUUAGGUAAGGCACUUUAAAUUACUCAGAUUUUGCAUUAUCGUAGUAUAGAUUCGGGCGGCUGUUCAUUGUUGUUUAAUAAUGUUAAUAUUGCUUAAUAUGCCUAUAAUUAUUAUCUAAUAUAUGAAAAUUACAUCAGUUGUGAAAGGUUUAUAAAGUAGCUUGUUAUUAGAUUAACAUGCUCGUAAGAGGGAACUUUUUCCUGAAAUUACACUCAACCUCAGUCUCCAAUAAUCAGUCAGUAGUUUGCAUGAGGAUUAGUAAGAAGUUGCUUCCUGUCUUUCAGUCCAUGUAGAGACUUAUCCAUGAUUUUGUCUUCUCUUAAUAAAGCUAUGCAAAUGUAAAAGCUAUAAAAACUGUAACUUACAAAAAUAAAGUCAAUCACUAAUGUUGGUCUGUGCAAUUAAAGUAAAUGACAAAGGGUCACAAAUGAGAAUGGACAUUAAUAAAAGUAUUUGGUUUACUGA